AUGCUACUAAGCGUUACUGUGCUCUCCCAAGCUCCGUUGCCAGAAGCAGAUUUCAACGAUAGCUUCAACCUCCGGAUUACGCCCUCUCCGCAAUCCCGAAGCACCCCCAAACGCCUACGCCGAGCCGACCUCCCGAGCCCAGACAUCCAUCCGUACGAUUCCCCGAUCGAACCGCUUGCGAAGGAGAAGCUCGGCCAAUUGGGGCACACGAAAGGGGCCGUCACUUAA